AUGAAAUUGACCGCUGGAUUAGUCAGGCUCUACUUUCUGAUUUUCAUUAUUAGUUCCUCAGUCUUGGGAAAUAAUAAUUGUAAAGAUGAAGAACUAGAUGCUAUGGGUAUGUUGAUCAAACAGGAUUUAAACAAAGAACUAUUGUUCCAAACAUCACAUAUUUUGACAAAAGUAGGGAAAAAGCAUGGUAUUAAACCUGGAACAAGAGUAGACAAAUUCCUAUCUGAACUUAUGAAAAUGUUCGGUCAACACGGCAUUGGUGGUGUUAGUGAGCAAUGUCUUAAUUGUUUUGCGGCAAGCAUACACUGUGUUGCGAACAAAUGUAAAGGACCAUGUCUUAGGGGACCUUGUACUGAAGAAUGCCAAAAUUGUGUUAGAAAAAAUUGCAUGCCAGCAUUACUGGAAUGUAUAGGUAAAGAAAGCAUUCCGAAUCCUUGUGAUUGGAAAGAAGAUUAUCUAAAAUACAAACUUCCGAAAACUGAAGAAAAAGAAGAUGAUGAAUCUAAGAAAAAAGGUGAAGCCUCGGGCGGUUCAUAG